UCUUGUAGGGGAGUUCUGCCUGUGCGAGAGAGGACACAGUCGGAUUUUCAUCCACGUUAGGCGACAGUUGGUAAAAAGAUUCAAAGAAGAGGCACGGAAGAGGUAACAUUAAGUGUCGGGAGUACCAGUCAACAUGUCUUCCCAGUCAUCCUACAGGAAAAUGUUCGGCGGGGAGAGACCUACCGCCAGGUCCAGCUACUCAAGUCGACAGUUCUCAGCCCCCGUGCUGCGCUCUCGGGUGUCUUUUGGCGUCUCCUCUGCCCCGACCGUCUACGCCACCAAAACUUCGCGGGCCCGCACUAGCGCAUCUAUGCCCCGACUAGCCUCAGAAAACUUGGAUUUUUCACUGUCAGACGCCAUCAACACAGAAUUCAAGACCAACCGGACCAACGAGAAGGCACAAAUGCAGCACCUGAACGACCGCUUCGCCAGUUACAUUGAAAAAGUGCGUUAUCUCGAGCAACAGAACAAGAUACUGAGCGGGGAACUGGAACAGCUGCGGGGGAAAGGCACCUCUCGCAUAGGCGACCUGUACGAAGAGGAGAUGCGCGAACUGCGACGCCAAGUUGACCAGCUGACCACUGAGAAAGCCCGAGUGGAAGUCAAUCGUGACAAUAUGGUAGAAGACAUCGAACGCCUGAAAGCAAAGCUCCAUGAUGAGAUUCUCCAGCGCGAGGAGGCAGAGAAUAACAUGCAGAGUUACAGACAGGAUGUGGAUAAUGCUGCCCUGUCUCGGUUGGACCUGGAGCGUAAGGUGGAGUCGCUGCAGGAAGAGAUUUCCUUCUUGAAGAAGCUCCAUGAUGAAGAGAUGGCAGAGCUGCAGCUCCAGAUCCAGGAGCAGAAUGUCCAGGUGGAGAUGGACGUGGCCAAGCCCGACCUCACAGCUGCCCUCCGAGACGUGCGUCUGCAGUACGAGAACCUGGCCUCCAAGAACAUCCAUGAGUCUGAGGAGUGGUACAAGUCAAAGUUUGCUGACCUGACUGAGGCUGCAGCCAGGAAUAGCGAGGCCUUGCGUGUGGCCAAGCAAGAGUCUAAUGACUACCGUCGUCAGGUGCAGGCUCUUACCUGUGAGGUGGAUUCCCUUAAAGGCUCUAACGAGUCUCUGGAGCGGCAGAUGAGAGAGAUGGAGGAGAACUUCUCCAUGGAGGUGUCCGGUAGCCAGGAAACCAUCGCCCGCAUGGAGGAGGACAUCCGCAACAUGAAGGACGAGAUGGCGCGCCACCUGCGGGAUUACCAGGACCUGCUCAAUGUCAAGAUGGCACUGGACAUCGAGAUCGCCACCUACAGGAAGCUGCUGGAGGGAGAGGAGAGCAGAAUUUCUACCCCCAUGCCAAACUUCUCUUCUCUUAAUCUAAGAGAAUCUAUGCUGGAGUCCAGGCCACUAGAGAGCUCAAGCACAACAACCAAGAAGGUACUCAUCAAGACCAUAGAGACCAGAGAUGGACAGGUGAUCAAUGAGUCAACCCAGAACCAUGAUGACAUGGACUGAGCGUUUCUUGAUGGACGACAUCCCUAAUAAACAUGCUAGCCAGAGAGGGAGAGAGAGGGAGGGAGAAAGAGAGAAGUGGAUUCCCUUUUUGAGCCGUAGAAGCCAAGCUUCCUUUUGCUCCGCACACCAAACCCAAUACAAACAGUGCACAGCAAGGUGACCAAGUCACAAACCUGAGUAAUCAAACAUCCUGCUUUAAAGAAGUGCCUUUCUGCUACUGAUGGAGAAGAAUGAAGCAAGCCAAGCCAGUGUGGUGUAUAACAUGUAGAACAUAGAAUUGCCCCCUAUAGAGAGAGAGAGAGAGAGAGAGAGAGAGAGAGAGGGAGACAGAGAGAGAGAGACAGAGAGAGAGAGACAGAGAGAGAGAGAAAUCCAUGCUCUUGGGACCAGCACAGUUACACUGACACAAUGCUUACGCUUUGACAGUCUUAGCACAAACAUAGAAGACUCUUUUCUGUGUUACCAAACCUUGGAAAUAAAUGGCUAUUUCCCUCUCA